CAACGUUAAGGAGCGAAUAGUCUGCUUGGCUCCUCCUUGCUGGGCUGCGUUGGGAGUUCCCUUUUCGCGUGGGCUGGGGCUCACGUUAAUGUUUAGCGAGCCCGAGCUGCAGCCCAGCCUUGGGAAGAGCUGGGCGCUAUUUUCUGCUCCGGUGCUGGCUGUGGGCUGUGCGCUGUGCGCUGUGCCCGGCCGUGGGCGGCGCAGCCCGGGGCAGCGCUGGCUUUGCUGUCCGUGCUGCCGGGCAGGGAGGGAGCGGAGCAGAGGAUGCUCAGCGCACCUCGCGGGUGACACGGAUGGACUGAGUGCCGCCCUCCUCCCGGCUGGACAUGGACAAGCAGGGCUCCAGGAUGGCCAGGAGUGGCACUGCCAGGCCCCGGGGGGUGCUGGCCCCUGUCCGGGCAGCCAGCUGUGCCCAGCUGCUGAGCAGCAGCAGACGUUGCCCUUGGAAAAUGAACCAGCUUCCUCCAAAGACUCCUGUGGCAUCCCCAGCGUCAGAGAGCACGAAUUCCAGGCUAGAGGCUUUGGACAACUUGUCAAUGGACAGUUUUUGGCUGGAAGUAGAGAACAUUAAACAGAGCACUGAAGCAGAGCAGGAGGAAUGCAGCCUUGCAGAUGUCAAAACACAGGAGGAGGGAGAAGCCGAGGCCGAGUGGCUGCAGGACGCGGGGCUGUCCGAGCUGCUGGAGCCGGGCUCGGAGCAGGAGCAGCUGCUGCUGCUGUCCACGCUGACCAGGACGCAGGCGGCGGCCGUGCAGCGCCGGCUGGACACCUACAGCCGCUCCCGCAGGAGGAACAAGCCGCCCGUGCGCGACGUGCGCGACAUCUUCGCGGCGGGCAGCGCGCAGGACACAGCAGCAGAGAAAGAGGAGUCCAACCCAGAUCCACUGUGGCACAACCUACGGACUUCAAACACCCAGAGAACAGAAACUCAGGAUUAUUCCUGCACAGUUCGAAACCCUGGCAAAGAGGAGAUGUUCAACAUGGAUGUUGCCUACUCAGAGCAAGCAGCUGUCCUGCUCAAGGGAUCCUUCCUGUCUGAAUCCAGGAAGAUAAAGGAUGGAAAUGCUCUAACUAGAUUUAAGAUCCUGAAGGGUAGACUAGGAGUGACCAGGAUUGGAGAUCUGUCAGCUCAGGACAUGAAGAAGAUCCCCACACUGGCCCUCAUUGAACUUACAGCUCUCUGUGAUAUCCUGGGCUUUGAGCUGAAGAGAAACAAAGCAGCAAAACUGAAAACAACAGAGAAAAGACUCUUUGGAGUUCCACUCAACACCCUGCUGGAAAAUGACCAAAAGCUGCUGCCCAACACCAAGGUCCCUCUGCUACUGCAGGCACUGCUGUCCUGCCUGGAGAAGAGAGGACUUGAAACAGAGGGCAUCCUGAGAGUUUCUGGGUCCCAGACCAGAAUUAAGAGCCUGGAACAGAAGCUGGAGAGGGAUUUCUACAGUGGCCUGUUCUGCUGGGAUGAGGUUCACCAGAACGACGUGUCCGGGCUGCUGAAGAGAUUCAUCCGAGAGCUGCCAGCCCCCCUGCUGACUGCAGAGUACCUGCCUGCCUUUGCUGCUGUCCAGAAUAUUCCAGACCUGAAGCAAAGAUUGCAAGCUCUAAACCUCCUGAUCCUGAUUCUGCCAGAGUCCAACAGAAACACUCUGAAGGCCCUUCUUGAGUUUCUCAGCAAGGUGGUUGCCAGGGAAAACAACAACAAAAUGAACCUCUGGAACGUUUCCACAGUCAUGGCCCCAAACCUCUUCAUGCACAAGGGGAUGCCAAACAAGAUCCCAGAGGGGAAGGAGAAGCAGCUGGCGGAGGGGGCGGCCGACGUGGUGAGGAUGAUGAUCCACUACCAGGAUCUGCUCUGGACAGUCUCCUCUUUUCUGGUAGCUCAAGUGAGGAAGCUGAAUGAGAGCAACAGCAAAAGGUACCAGUUCUGUGACAAGAGAAUUAAAAACCUGUUGCGGAAGAUUCACGCAGAUAAAGACAAGGUGGAAAAGAACCAGGGAGAGCCUUCCAAGAUUGUGAAAGUGCACGCAUCACUCCUCCUGAAGGACUCUCUGGAGGUGCACCUGAACAAUGCCACCAGGGUUGCUGAUGUCUUGAGGCAGUUUCAGAAGAACCUGUGCCAGAAUGGCUGGAAUAUUGUGAACACUGUCAACCUCCUCAAGUGUAACAACUCCAUGGACUGCACAAACUUGCUCCUGUAUGAAGUGGGAGGCAAUAUUGGUGAGCAUUGCCUGGACCCAGACACUUACCUCUUGGACUUGUACCACAUCAAUCCCCAUGCUGAAUGGAUAAUUAAGCAAAACCCAUCUUAUCCUCGGAUGUUCUGAGGAAAACAUGAGAAAACAAAGCACUUGGUUGCAGUUCUUUGAAGGUGGAAGCAGAGACUUUCCUGUUGUAGUGUCAGAGCAGACACUGCUUGUUUCUUGGAAGGAAAAACACCUUUAUUAACUGUUUGAAUGGCAGCUGGCAGUGAGAGCACAGUAGCCUCUGUGCUAACAGGGAUGCUGGAAACAAGCAGCAAUUAUUAUUAUCAUUGUGUAGCACAGUUUGCAGGGAGAAUGACUGUUCCUAAACAAAAUAUCCCCCAAAACAAACCCUGAAGGCAAAGCUGCCAUAGCAGUGCAGCAAAGAUGGAGCAGAAGAAGAAAAUCAAGAUAAUCUUGAACAUGGUGGAAGGCAUUUGUGUAUUCUGGAUUUGUUCUUCCUUUUGGAGCAGAGGCAGCCAAAUGCUGGAGUGGCACUAAGGACAUCCCUUUGGUAAGGACCAUGGCUGCCUGUGGCAUGUCACCAGAAGAGUUUAUGACCCUGGCUUUAUUAUUAAGCUCCAGUUAUGUUAUUUGAAGAAUGAAAAAGGAUGUUUCCAAAAAGGCCAGACGGCCAAAUUGCCACCAGUGAGGGUAAAACACUCAUGUAUUUUGAUGGGCAACCUAUAUAUCAACAGGCAACACAGGAAAAAUCCUGGAGUUAAUGUGAGGCUGGUAAUCUGACCUGCCCACGAGAGCUGAACUUCUUUGUGAGAGAUUCUGUGGGAUGUGUUUGUUCAAAAGCCAACAAACCUCCCCUGAGAUGUGAGGUGGCUGAACUGAGCUGCACAUUUCUGUCACACUCAUCAUCCUCAUCCUCACCCAGCCUUGGCCACAAGAGGACUGUUCUGUGAGGAGGAGUGCAGAAUGUUGCUUUCCUUCAUGGUGAAGCUGAAAUACCUCCAAUGUGCAGUGGAAGGGAUUUCUGGAAGUGUGGAUGUCUUCCUCUAAAUACUGUUUUUAAACAUGGUUGGAUAUUUAUUCAUGUGGCAGAAGCAGGGCUGCCCUGCAAGUGUAUACUCAAAGUAUUUCAUUUGCCAAAUCCCAGCUGCACUUGUGACAAUCUCCAGUAUUAUUUCUUUUGUUAGAUGAGUUUGUUUCCAUUGCAGUCUGAACUUUCCUUCUGCUCCUUUUUUUUCCCCAGGAUGAAGUGUAGUUUUCCUUAUUAAUUUUCUCAAACUGCUAGAUUUUGUUGUAAAGGUGCUUCACUCUGUGAUUAUUCUCUCUGUGUGGUUAAAUCCUCUUGGUAAUUAAGAUCCUUGAGGAACAGGUGAGCCACAUACUCUUUCCAGCUUUUUGUGAAUUCUGUGUGAGUGGUGCAGAUAUCUAAAAAUUAUUCAUAUAUUAGAGAGUCUGUCUGUUCUUUUGGUUGAGAUGGUGCAGAUACAUUGACUGGUUGGAUCACCUUCAUAGAUGUCUUCUUAAAAACCUGUAAUAGAACUUCCCAACCCUGACCCAGGUAUCAACAAUUCUUGAGGUGCCUCUUUUAUAGGGCUCAAAUUGUGCCUGAAGGAGCCUGAUUCUUUUCCUUGAGAAUGGCUGAUUUAUACCUGUAGAAAGAUCAAGCUGCUUUAAACUGGGGCUUUAAAAACCAAAGGUACCUAUUCAGCAUCCCUUCUGGAAUUCUUUGUGGCAGUGAUGGAGUCAAGAUGGAAAAGAGCAAAUGCCAGAGCUGUGAUACCCUGAGAAACACCCAACUCAAAGGUAUCACUGUGAGCUCAAAGAUCCUGAAUUGCACUCUGCAAAUCACACAAUGCUGCAUUUUUUUCCACCCCUCAUAUGCUGGUUUAUUAAAUAUUGUGUCCAUAUAUAUUGAGGGGUCAAGACUGCAUCACUGCUGCUGUGAACUAGAAAUGAGUGGGGUUUUUUGAACACCAAACAAUGUGAAUCAAUGCUGUGAAAAACAAGGUUAAUGGGAGAUUCUCAUGAGAAAAAUAUCAGGUUUAAAUAUGAAAGGAAAUGUAAAACAAAACAGCUCUUUUCAGAUGAUGGAUAUGCUUUUAAAUUUUUUCCUAACUUUGUAACAAAAAAGUAAAUGUAAAUUUUUCAGUCAGUGGUGUGCAACUCACUCCUAAUGGGUGAGUUUUAUCCUGGGGGUAUUAAAAGCCAAUCCUGGGGAUGGUUUUUAAUACCUUUUAUUUUUUAUGAAUUUUUAAUUCCGUAUUUAAAUUCCAUUUAUUUAGUGAAACAAUAAAAAUGCAGUAAAACCUC